AUGGGCGCCGACAUUAACGUUGAUGUCCUCAUCAUUGGUAUGGGACCUACGGGUCUCGGGGCCGCCAAGCGCCUGAACCAGAUCAAUGGUCCGUCAUGGCUAAUUGUGGACUCGGCCGACAAGGCCGGCGGUCUUGCCAGCACCGACAUCACGCCCGAGGGCUUUCUGUACGAUGUCGGCGGCCACGUCAUCUUCUCCCACUACAAAUACUUCGAUGACUGCAUCGACGAGGCCCUCCCCAAGGAGGACGACUGGUUCACCCACCAGCGCAUCUCCUAUGUCCGCUACAAGGGCCUUUGGGUCCCCUACCCCUUCCAGAACAACAUCUCCAUGCUGCCCAAAGACGACCAGGUCAAGGCCAUUGAUGGCCUCAUCGACUCCGCCAUGGAGUGCCGGGUCGCCAACACCAAGCCCAAGAACUUUGACGAGUGGAUUCUGCGAAUGACUGGUGAGGGCAUCGCCGACAUGUUUAUGCGCCCCUACAACUACAAGGUUUGGGCCGUUCCCACCACAAAGAUGCAAUGCCAGUGGCUCGGCGAGCGUGUUGCCGCACCCGAUGUCAAGAAUGUGACCAAGAAUGUCAUCCUGAACAAGGUUGCUGGCAACUGGGGCCCCAAUGCCACCUUCCGCUUCCCUGCUCGCGACGGAACCGGCGGUAUCUGGAUCGCCGUGGGCGAGACUCUGCCCAAGAGCAAGAAGCGAUUCGGCAAGCAAGGCGAGGUCACCAAGGUGGACGCCGAGAAGAGGAUUGUCACUUUCGCCGACGGCAAGACUGUCGGCUACGGCAAGCUCAUCAACACCAUGGCUGUCGACCACUUGGUUGAAAAGAUGGGCAACCAGGAGCUCAUUGGCUUGUCCAAGGGCCUCUUUUACUCCACUACCCAUGUCAUUGGCGUGGGCAUUCGAGGAGAGCGCCCCGAGCGCAUUGGUGACAAGUGCUGGCUGUACUUCCCCGAGGACAACUGCCCCUUCUACCGCGCCACCAUCUUCUCCAACUACUCGCCUUACAACCAGCCCCAGGCCGACGCCAAGCUCCCAACCCUCUACCUCGCCGACGGUACCAAGGGCUCCUCCGAGGCCAAGCAGGGCCCCUACUGGUCCAUCAUGCUCGAGGUAUCUCAGUCGUCCAUGAAGCCCGUGGACGAGAAGAACCUGCUCAAAGACUGCAUCCAAGGCUUGGUCAACACGGAGAUGCUCAAGCCCGGGGACGAGGUUGUCUCCACUUACCACCGCCGCUUCGACCACGGGUACCCCACCCCGUCUCUGGAGCGCGAGGGCGUGCUCAAGGAGCUCCUGCCCAAGCUCCAAGACAUGGGAAUUUACUCUCGUGGCCGGUUCGGCAGCUGGCGAUACGAGGUUGGCAACCAGGACCACUCGUUCAUGCUGGGCGUUGAGGCCGCGGAUCAUAUUGUCAACGGUGCCGUGGAGCUGACUCUCAACUACCCUGACUUUGUCAACUCUCGGCCGAACAAUGAGCGACGCCUGGCCCAGGCUUUCACCUACUCUUAG